GGUGCGAUAGAACUGGAGUGAGGUGGCAACUGGCAGGGGCAGACUCUGCAACAAGGAGAAGUGACUCUUUAGCUGUGUCAGUUUUGGCCAGGACCCAAUUCCUGUGCUUCAGGAAGGUGCUACUGCCAUUGACAAGGUCCUGUGAUAUCUGGCGUUGCCAUGUCGGCGAAAGCCAUCUCAGAGCAGACAGGAAAAGAGUUCUUGUAUAAGUUCAUCUGCACCUCAGCGGCCGUGCAAAACCGCUUCCGCUAUGCCAGUGUCACCGCUGAGACUGACUGGGACCGUCUCACACAGGAGCAUCCAUGGCUGCUAACGGAGCGGCUGGUGGUCAAGCCAGAUCAACUAAUCAAGCGACGCGGGAAGCUCGGCCUGGUGGGCAUUAACCUGGACCUGCAGGGUGUCCAAGAAUGGCUCAAAGCCCGCCUCAUGAGAGAGACCACUGUGGGGAAGGCAAAGGGUGUGCUGAAGAACUUCCUCAUUGAGCCUUUUGUUCCUCACACACAGGAGGAGGAGUUUUAUGUGUGUAUCUAUGCCACACGUGAGGGCGACCAUGUACUUUUCCACCAUGAGGGAGGAGUGGAGGUGGGUGACGUGGACGCCAAGGCCCAGAGGCUGAUGGUUGCAGUGGAUGAAAAGCUGAGUGAGGACCAAGUCACAGAGCAGCUCCUCACGCAUGUUCCUGAUGACAAGAAAGAAGUCCUGGCCAGUUUUAUAGUGGGCCUCUUCAACUUGUAUGAGGACCUCUACUUCACCUACCUUGAGAUCAACCCUCUGGUCAUCACCCAAGACGGGGUGUACGUCCUCGACAUGGCAGCCAAGAUUGAUGCCACAGCAGAUUACAUCUGUAAGGCUAAAUGGGGUGAUGUGGACUUUCCACCACCCUUUGGCAGAGAAGCAUACCCAGAGGAAGCAUACAUAGCUGAUCUGGAUGCAAAGAGUGGUGCCAGUUUGAAGCUGACCCUGCUGAACCCUCGUGGCAGGAUCUGGACCAUGGUGGCUGGAGGAGGGGCUUCAGUAGUCUACAGUGACACCAUCUGUGACCUGGGUGGGGUGGAUGAGCUGGCCAACUAUGGCGAGUACUCUGGUGCACCAAGUGAACAGCAAACCUACGACUAUGCUAAAACCAUCCUCUCUCUCAUGACACGGGAGAAACAUCCUCAAGGGAAAGUGCUGAUUAUCGGAGGAAGUAUCGCCAAUUUCACAAAUGUAGCAGCCACAUUCAAGGGCAUUGUCAGGGCCAUCAAAGACUACCAAGGUCCUCUGAAGGAGCACGAGGUCACCAUCUUUGUUCGACGUGGUGGGCCCAACUACCAGGAGGGGCUGAGGGUGAUGGGGGAAGUAGGGAAGACCACAGGUAUUCCUAUCCAUGUGUUUGGCACUGAGACCCACAUGACAGCCAUUGUUGGAAUGGCUCUGGGCCACCGGCCAAUCCCUAACCAGCCCCCGAUGGACGCACAUACCGCCAACUUCCUUCUCAAUGCGAGCAACAGUGCAAUGACUCCGGCUACAACAAGGACUGCUUCAUUCUCUGAACCGAGGACUUCUAAUGAUGUCACCCCGGCCAAAAAGUCUAAAGCGGGUCUUCCAGCAGAAGCGAAAGCCUCAUCAGGCUGCAGCGGAGCCAAAGCCACCACGCUCUUCAGAAAACAAACAAAGGCCAUAGUCUGGGGCAUGCAGACACGUGCCGUGCAAGGCAUGCUGGACUUUGACUACGUAUGCUCCCGGGACGAACCCUCAGUGGCAGCUAUGGUCUACCCCUUCACUGGAGAUCACAAGCAGAAAUUCUACUGGGGCCACAAGGAAAUCCUGCUGCCGGUCUAUAAGAACAUGGCCGACGCCAUGAAGAAGCACCCCGAGGUGGACGUCCUGAUCAGCUUUGCUUCACUGCGCUCAGCAUUCGACAGCACGAUGGAGGUCAUGCAGUACCCACAGAUCCACACUAUCGCCAUCAUAGCUGAGGGCAUCCCUGAGGCUCAGACAAGGAGGAUGAUCAAGAUGGCUGAUGAGAAAGGCGUCACUAUCAUCGGCCCCGCUACAGUUGGAGGCAUCAAGCCCGGCUGUUUUAAGAUUGGAAACACAGGUGGCAUGCUGGACAACAUCCUGGCUUCAAAACUUUACCGUCCUGGCAGCGUGGCAUACGUGUCGCGCUCCGGGGGCAUGUCCAACGAGUUGAACAACAUCAUCUCCCGCACCACAGACGGCGUCUAUGAAGGUGUGGCCAUCGGAGGAGACAGAUACCCAGGCUCCACCUUCAUGGACCACGUCCUUCGUUACCAGGACACUCCAGGGAUCAAGAUGAUAGUGGUGCUGGGAGAGAUUGGAGGCACAGAGGAGUACAAGAUCUGCCAAGGCAUCACAGAAGGCAGGAUAACCAAACCCGUGGUGUGCUGGUGUAUCGGAACUUGUGCCACCAUGUUCGCUUCAGAGGUUCAGUUUGGCCACGCAGGGGCUUGUGCCAACCAGGCUUCAGAAACAGCAGUAGCUAAGAACCAGGCCCUGAGAGACGCUGGAGCUUAUGUACCAAAGAGCUUUGAUGAGCUAGGAAAUGUCAUCAAGACAGUUUAUGAUGAACUGGUGACCAAUGGUACCAUCGUUCCAGCCCAGGAGGUGCCCCCCCCAACAGUACCUAUGGAUUACUCUUGGGCCAGGGAGUUGGGCCUGAUCCGUAAGCCAGCCUCAUUCAUGACGAGCAUCUGUGACGAGCGAGGUCAGGAGCUAAUCUACGCUGGCAUGCCCAUCACUGAGGUCUUUAAAGAGGAGAUGGGUUUAGGAGGAGUGCUGGGCUUGCUUUGGUUCCAGCGCAGGUUGCCACGCUAUGCCUGCCAGUUCAUUGAGAUGUGCCUGAUGGUGACUGCUGAUCAUGGGCCUGCCGUCUCUGGUGCACACAACACCAUCGUCUGUGCUCGAGCUGGCAAGGACCUUAUCUCAAGCCUCACCUCUGGCCUGCUUACCAUCGGGGAUCGUUUUGGAGGUGCUCUGGACGCAGCUGCAAAGCAGUUCAGCAAGGCGUUCGACAGUGGCAUGCUGCCCAUGGAGUUUGUCAACAAGAUGAAGAAGGACGGCAAGCUGAUAAUGGGCAUCGGCCACAGGGUUAAAUCAAUCAACAACCCAGACAUGCGCGUGCAGAUUCUGAUGGACUUUGUUAAGCAGCAUUUCCCCUCCACCCAGCUACUCGACUAUGCCCUAGACGUAGAGAAGAUCACCACCUCCAAGAAACCCAACCUGAUCCUCAAUGUAGACGGUUUUAUUGGUGUUGCCUUUGUGGACCUGCUCAGGACAUGUGGUGGCUUCACACGAGAUGAGGCUGACGAGUUUGUGGAGAUUGGUGCACUAAAUGGGAUCUUUGUCCUUGGCCGUAGUAUGGGCUUUAUUGGACAUUACCUGGACCAGAAGAGGCUGAAACAGGGUCUGUACCGCCACCCCUGGGAUGACAUCUCCUAUGUUCUCCCUGAACAUAUGUCCAUGUAAUCCCCACAAUGGGACGCACUUCCAGAUGUGACUGUGCUAAUGGGUUAGGCAGCGUUACACAUCUCCCUUAACAUCUAUAUGUACUGUCCAGUUAUAACAACAGCUGCCUUGGAAAAAUUGGGUGGAUGAUCCUGGAAAGUGGGAGUACUGUCUGAGGGAUCUGGGUAGAAGCUUUCGAUCUAGUUUUUACAGCAAAAAGGGGAAGUAUAUUUUCAGAUUUUGUUUUCUGCAAAGUAUUUAGUCUGAGAUGUAAUUUAUUCAGUUUUAAACGAAGAGCCAAACCAAUGCACGCUGCAGCAGUUGCAGGAGCACAAAAUCAGUUGGUACUUCAAAAAAACAAACAAAAAAAAAGCAAAGAAACCUGUUUUGCAUAUUUGGUACGAGGGCAGAAUUCAAAGCACAUGUCAAUCCUGACUCCUGCAUUACAGAGUCUGAUUAGUUCAUCUGCAGUAAAAGCUGCUGAUGUGAAAUGUUUUCAAGCUCAGCAAUACAGAAACAUUUUUUUUCUUUUUUUUACAACAACUAACAAAAAAUAAUUGAUUUGUUUUAAUCAUCAUUUGCCUGUUGUAGGCAUGUAUGCUUUCUGGCUUUCUGAGUCCUGCACUUUAGUUUAAUCACUAGCGAAUCUAGAUCUAAUGUCUGUUUUGAAUUCCUUGUCCAAGUUUCACUCCCACUGAGAUCUCUCGUCACAAGAGAAACCAAAGUUAUUUUUAGGAGUCUGUUAAAAGUUUAAAAAAAGAGAGAGAGAAAAAAACAAGGUCCUGUGGUUGAUAUUACAGAGCUUAUCCAGAUCAUGUGUUUGGAAAACAAGUCAUCGUUAUAGGAUAAAGGAAUUAAACACAUGAUGAUUUACGUGUCACUCCACCAUUGCCUUUCCUAGAGCGAGCCUGUUUACAACCCAGGUCGUAAACCAGUGGUUGAAACUCAUCAGCUACUGUAAAGUUAGAUGCAGUUUUGAGGUGUUCAGGUCUUUCUCACGAAGUACAAAUUGACCUGCUCCUGUUGCUACUUUGAAUAACUGUUAGACAACAGGAAGGUGUAGAGGCACGAAAAGGAGACAGACAAAAUGCUUCAUGAAUGAGCCCUGUGAGUCCUUGAGAGCUUCUUCUGGUGAGGGACCAUGAAAGCAGUUUUCUUUACUUGGGGAAAAUUACGACACAUAAUAUGGGACGUCUACUCUGUCACUGAAUGCUCCAUCUUUCACUUAAGACUUGACACAAACUCGAGACGCAUUGUAAUGACCCACUGUACGACCUGCUGUGUUUGAUCUUUGUUUUUAUUUUUAUUUAACUGUGGAAAAAAUGCUUUGUUUUUGUAAUAUGCUGUCAUAUAGUAUAAUAAUAAAGAACUUCUUGUUUUACUUUUCA